CUUCAAGAACUUGCACGACGCGCUUGGGAGAGGGAUGGUCUACUUGGUUGAAGCCAUGGUACUGCCCCUCGCCCUUCAGGUCAUGUUCACAGUCUUUUUCCUGCAGCAUCUCGGCAUGGGAUCUUGGCUUCGUGCUUUCGUCCCUCUGCAAUGUCCUCUUUACGCUUUCGCCGUUGUUCACUCGAUGCUGUCUCGCACUAAGCUCCGGGAGAUGCUCGGCAACGAAAACGUCCACCUGUACAACAGCGGCGAUUCUGAUGGUGGUCAAAUCGUCCGACGCCGUUCGACAACGCGCGACUCGCUUCCUGCGGUCUACCUUCGAAAUCGCAAUGAGAUUUGCGAAAGCAUGGGGCCAUACGCAUCUUCUCGGAGCCUUGUCAAUGGUCGCAAAGCUUUCGGGUCGGCGCAUGUGGAUCACCAGGGAUUCUACCUAGACGAAAGCAAGGAUAUGCGCGAUUGCGAGGAUCCCAGUCUCGGACGUUUCAGGCGGGUUAGGGAUGCCAGUCAUCCAGAGUCGAUCAUCGUGCUCAUGGACGAGCUUCCAACCGUCUCGCACCGAGAAGUCUGGAGUCCUGCAUCGCCUUACUGUCUUGCGAGUCCGGUCGGUUCACCCGACGCCAAUCAAACCAAGGACUUCGACACUGAACAAAAACUCUCGCACAAAAGUUCCUUCCGUUCCGGAAAUAGCUCGAACCCCAACAGGACUGUACUCGAGCGAGUCGACGAACAAGCAUUGUCGUGCUCUGCUAUCGACGUGUAUCAACCCACCUUACCGGAACUGAAAUAGAAGCGAUCGCGAACAAGGUCCAGAUCCCUGGCCGGAUAACCGAAUAUAGCCUGAUCAGAACACGUAUCGUAUAGCUACCACGGGUGGUGAUAACGGGGAUUUAUUGAGCGUAGGAAAUAUAUAUUGCUUGAAUACUUGUAUACCAUAGAGAUCUUCGUCAUCGUUUGAUGUAUAUAUGACAAGUUCUCAUACCUCCUCUAGAAUCUUCCGCGACCGCCGAAACCAUGUGGUCCGAGACCGAGUCCGGGACCCAUCGGCAUGUUGUUACCAAGUCCAGCAUGCGGGAUAUUUGCUCGCCCUAGAACAUCCAUAAGGUCUUCCGGUUUGAAAAUCGGUC